AACAUGAAUGAGUCAAUUUACUAUUAACGUCCUUAUGACUAUUAGACAAGGGCCAAUAUAUUUUUUUAAAAAAGAUUUUGUAUAAAAAGGUUACAAAUUGUCAGAAUUCUAUCAAAGACAAAACAAAAUGUUAACACAAAUCUUGAUAGUGAUCGCUUCGUUGUUGCCCUGUGUGACGUCAUUUAGAAGUUUCCAGCAUCGUAUCCCUAAUGGAGACUAUGUUCCCCAUCCAUGCAAGCCCAACAAUAUUUGGGAAGGAGUUGGCCACUUUUUAGAUGAAGGAACUGGUUUCAGGAAUCCAUUUGGUGAGGAUUUUGAGAAGGAAGGAAAGAUCUGGACAGAAGCUUUGUGUCGUAAAGACUCCGAUGGCGAUGGACUGACCAAUGGUCAAGAACUAGGAGAUCCAGAUUGUGUCUGGAAAGAAAAUGAUUUGCCAAGCAGACAGAGAGGACUGUCACAUCCAGGUAUCUGUGACCCGUGGGAUGCCCCGACCUGCUUCUCCAAGAACGUGACUCAUCCCAAGUACCAGAACCAAGAAGAGUGGAUGAGAGACAUGUGUAAACCAAAAGAGUUUGUAUGUCCAGGGCUGAAUGAGUCUGAUGUUCACACACUCAACAUGAGUCUCCCGAGUGGAACCAAAGUCCCGGCCAAACCUACCACCUAUAUGUGCCAGAUCUACGACUUUGAGAGCCUGGUGCCUGCUGGCGACUACCAUCUGAUAGCCGUGGAGCCAAGAUUAGAUAACAAAUACGUAAUGCACCACAUCGUGUUGUUUGGUUGUACAGAUGACCAGGUCGCAUCGGAUCCAUUCGAGUGUGGUAUGGUGGCGUCUGAAAAAUGUCAACAGUUUCUCAGCGUGUGGACAGUGGGUUUGGCUGGAGAAUGUUUCCACCCAGAGACGGGCGUCAGAGUUGGAACACACGGUUUUAAACGCAUGGCUAUGCAGUUUCAUUGGAAUAACCCAGAUAGCCGCUCUGAUUGGGUGGAUAGUUCUGGAAUGAUGCUGCACUACACAGCCAACAGGAGAAAGUACGAUGCGGGAAUACUUCUUACUGGACUACAGAUAUUUGUACUACCACCUCGACAACCGACUACAACGGUCAAAUCAACAUGUACCUCAAGUUGUACCAGUCAAAAGUUUAAAGGUCCCGUAUACGUCACUAUGGCCUGGAAUCACAUGCACUACGCAGGUAGAAAAAUGACAAUCGAAGUGUACCGAAAUAACAGUGCUCUGACGUAUCUAAGUUACGAACCAAUUUACAGUUAUGACAGCCCACAAGUUCAAAAAUACACUGAGCACCCGAUACAACUUCUUCCUGGGGAUGAGAUAGUGUCCACCUGUCACUACGACACGUCCACUAGGCCCCAUUCAACAUUUUGGGGUGAAGCGACCAGUGAUGAAAUGUGUUUUGGGUUUCUGACGUAUUAUCCUAAGUCAAACAUGGACGAUAGUUACUGUCUUAGUGGGGGCCCCGACAUCAGUUACUGCGACCCAACAACUUACCGAAACUGCUCAGACUUGACAAAGUACGCCAAUCCUGCCUGGGUCAACACAUCUUCUGUGUAUCAGUCGCUGCAGAACAACUGUCGACCUUUCACCCCCUGCCUACAGGAGUGUGUGGACACCAUUGUAGACCUGAAGAAGAACGAUCCAUGUUUUCAGGAUGCCAUGUACGACUACAUAAAGAACCAAAUGUUGAGUUACAACCCUUUGGGAAAAGACAUUAUGGCCAGGUUCUCAUCUUGUGAGCGUGAGGUCUACAAGGCUUUGAACUCUCGUUCAACUCAAUAAUGUUGAGGAUGGCUGAGUACACUCUAGAUGUAGUUCGGUGUAAAUCUAAAGGCGGACUAAAUGGAUAUAAUAAAUAUCAAUCUGUAAUUCCUGUGCAGUUUAUAUAGUAAAUAUUUUAUAUAUUUUAUAUUAAAGUUGUUUAAAUUUAAUAAUUAAUAA